AUGGGAACUGAAUUAAAAAUUGACGAAAAAAAAUUUGAUCGAUACAUAGAAUACUUGACGGCAGGCUAUAAGCUCACAAAAGCUUUGAAAUGGUUUAGUAUGCAAACUGCCCACAUGGAUUUGGUACAAAAAGAAAAUCUCCUGAAUUAUGCCAACCACUAUGUCCAAUCAAAUAUGGAAGAAGUCCGAAAGUAUUCCAUGAGAAUUUUGAUCAAUCACGACGCUCAACGUGUAGAAGACAUUAUAAACACAAACGCGGAAGAAUCACAGAAAUAUGACGCUAUUGAACUUGUUGAAGACUCAAGAAAAAAUAAACUUCAAGAUUUUGUUAGUGGAGAUCUUCCAGCUGACCUUAACCGGAUGUUGCCAAACUAUGAUUCAUUUCAAUCAUUACCAAUUUUAUCUGGAGGUGGUGUUGUCAAUUCAUCUUCACAUUGCCAGCAAAAUAAUGAUCUCGAAGAUAUGUUAAAACGAAAAAGAACAAAUUGUAUGAUCUACGCUGGGAAAGCAAAAAGCCAGCCCACUAAGAUUUUGGUUCAGACAAUUGAUAAGAGUUUUGAAGUGGCAAACGUAAAUUCUUCGUUAGUUUUUGGAAACAACAGAUUCGAAAAGCUAGAUUCAAAAUUAAACAAUCUAUCGUUUUACGAACUGCGUUUUCACAUUGACAGCAACCCUCAGUUCGCUAACACUGCCGAUGAACUUUUCAAAAAGUUUGUCUUCAAGGAAUUUCUAAAUAAGUUGAGAGGAAAACCAGUAAACAAAAAGUGGAGAGUCUACCUUGAAGAAUUGAAAGACGAAGAAAAUAAAAAAGCUAUCAAAUUGAAUAUGCUCACAAAAAGAAUUGGUGGAAAAAUGGAAAAAUCGGUUGUCAAAAAAGCGAUUCAGUUAGAAACUCCAGUGAGUUCUGCUGCUAAACGAAAUUUUGGAAAUCUCGGUGCUCCCAACCCUCGGGUCGGAAAAAUAAAAUCAGAAGGAACAGUCACUCCACCAAUCUUUAAAAUCUCAAAGCACACUGGCUCACUGAAAUCACUGAAGAAGGCAACACCUCUUUUGGCGAAAUGCAAAAAAAUGUGUGGCCGAAAGUAA